AUAUGUGCUGACCUGGGUCCACGAAUGCAUCCAGGGAGAGACGUAGCAACUGGCUGGGAGAAAGUGGCUGGUGUGUUCGAAUAAAGCUACAGGGAACAAGGAACAGUGGCUGCAGAUGAGGGGUGACUGGGAGCAGAAGACCAGCAAAUUGGGCACAAUUUAUUACCUCUGCAACCCUGUGUCAGGAAAGAAGCCUUAAUUAGGAUGUAGCCAGCAUCACGUCUGGAAGUUUGGAAUCAGAUACACAACAAAGUAACAAAAUAUCGAAAGAGUCCCUGGAAACUGGACGGAUGGUGUUUACUUUGGCACAACUCGAGUCCUUAGAGAUUUGCCUGAAGGAAGCAGAAGAAAAGGCUAAAGCCUUAUCUGAACAGCUUGCAGACUCUGAAGGAACAAAAUCAAAACUGAUUGAGCAAGUUUCCUGGCUGGAGAAGAAACUAGCGGCUCUGGACCACAAGGAAGACAGAGGGGAACCAUAUGAAAAAAUGGUUCUUGCAAAAGACCAGUGCAUUGAGAAAUUACAAGCUGAAGUGAAAGCGUCCCAGGAGCAACUUAUAGCGCAGAAACUAAAGCACAAAAGGAAACUGAAAAAGCUACAAACGGAUUUGGCAACAGCUAAGCAAGAGGCUGCCAUCACAGCCCUGGAACUCAAUGAGAAGAUAAAGGCUCUGUGUGAAGGAAAGCCAGCCCCUAGAGAAGGCAACACACUAGAAGAGUCCUGUGGCAGUCUGCCUCCUGUGGAAGAAGGUGAUCGAAAAAUUAGCCUGAUUAUGGAGUUGUCAACACAGCUUUCCUUUCAGACUGAGAAGAUCACUCAGCUGGAAGAAGUUUUAGAGGAAAAGGAAAGGAAGAUUCAGCAGCUGGAAGCUCAGCAGGGACCCCAUCCUUUCCAAAAGGUCGAGGACUCUCCAGAAUGUUUACAAGAAACCUCAAUUUUCUAUAAUAAUAGCAUCAUUCCUGUGGUCUCUAAUGAGGAUAUGUAAAGAUUCUCAGUAAGAAAACAAUAAAAGUUUAUUGUGUCAUCAAG